GAUUUUGUCAAAGAUGGCGGACGAAAGACCAAGUCCGAAACACCUGAAGAUUUGCAGAGUUUUUAACCUCUAGAGCUCUUAUGUUUAUUAACUACUCACUUUAAAGCUGUUUUGAUGCCUCUAGCAUUGGUUUUCCUUAAAAUUUUGGUUGGAAAAUGUAUCGAUACCUGCGGAGUUGUCGUUUUGCCUCCCGCGCCAUCACCUCGAGAUAUCUACAAAACCGAUCUGCAACCCAAGUAUUAACACGCAAGAGGUUUUUGUCAUCCAAACCCGAAGAGGACAUUACAAAUGGUUCUAGCCAAGGGAAUUCUUUCAAAUCUUGGAGAGAAAACCCUAAUCUGAAAUAUUGGAUUGUUGGAAUUGCCACAAUAACUGGUAUCAUUUACCGUUAUGUUUACAAGGAACGGGAAAAAUCGAGGAUUGUAGUGCAGGGCUACCCUCCUUUACCUAACCAUAAGGUACAGCUGCGCAAAGUUGAAAUCGAGGAGCUAAAAGUCUUACACAAGGCCUUGCAAAGAAGUGGCACGGCAAUAAUUCAUUUAGAGGGACCCUCUGGCUAUGGGAAGCGCCAGCUUGCCAGAUCUUUUGCAGAGGCACUGGCUCAAAAAGAGGGGGCCCAUUACCAUUUUUUGCCACAUAACUUGUUCAUAGGGACGAUAAAUAGUACUUCUGUGGAAACCAUGCUUUUUGACAUGAAAAAGUUUGCAAUUGCUAUAGGUUGUCAGGCGAAGGAUUGGGUUGAAAAAGUAGACACAGGAAGACAGUUUGUGAGCCUUAGCAGUGAUGAGCAGUUGACUUUGAUUGUUGAUGCAGUGAAGGAAAAACUUGUUGCAAACCCCAACUGGGUUCUGAUUCUUGAGGACUUGAAAGAAAGAGAUUUGUUUGAACAUUUGUUUGGUAGUGAGAUUAUGGACUCUUGGGGAAAAGGGACCAUUAUUGUCACUCAUCCAGGAACGUACAAUAGUGCAUCGUCAAUGGUGGACAAUGUAUAUAAACUUCACAAAGGAUUAAGCAAGCCUGAUGCUCUUCAGCUGCUGCAAGAUCUCAGUGGACUUCCCGAGGACAGAAUGGGUGGAGCUGAGGAGCUAGUAGGGAAGCUGGACAACAGCCCUCUAGCAGUAUCAUGCGCAGGGAACCUUAUCAACAGGAGGCUCAAGCAAAAUCCUGAGUACUCUAUAAAACUGCUCUCCAAGGAGCUUGAAAAGUCUGCCGAAAAUGUCAAAGAUCAUAGUAGCAGGACAGAUAACAAGGUCUUGACAUAUGCAGUGGCAGCCUUGUUGACUAAAGAGGUUCUUGCUAUGUCCCCACAUUUUCUUCAUGCUUUUAACCUCAUAGGAACAUGUUCCCCUGACUGGCCUCUGCCAGCGACCCUGAUAACACUACAUCUAAGAGCCCCUGAGUUUAUGCUUCCAAGUGUACCAAGGAGCGGACCAAUUUUACCAGGGCCGGCCCCUGACAGCACUGAGAGUCACCCUGAGCCUGAGGAGAAUGUCCAAGAGAGCUUUUUAUCCAUCAAACGCCUGGCUAAAAAUUUGGAGUCUUUCACUACAGCAGUGAAGGAGAAUUAUAAGGCCAUUAUGGAUAUAUUUUAUCCACCACCUUUUGAUAUGGCUCCAAUUGGGGAUGGCAUCCUAGAUAUGUUGAAGACAUGUCCACUUAUAUCCAUUGCAAGAAUAGAUCCAGGAGGCAUCCAUACUGUGCGAGUUAAUCCCAUUAUCCACUCAGUGAUGUCCCAGUUGUACCUGUCAAUCACUGCACCCCAGCUUGAGGAGCAGCACCUCAAACAGGCAGAGGAGAAGCACCAAAAUAGCUCAUUCUUUAGGAGACUUUGGAAGUUUGAUCCACAGAGGACCCUACAAGAGUACAGGAAUGGACUAGUUGAGCAGGGCAGCAGCACAUUUGAUCCCCAAACAGACCAACAAGAGCAGGUGUUCCCACAUCCAGACGUCAGCGCUAUAUUCAGAGCCGACACUAGCACCAGCAUGUUGCCAGAGUACAGAGCCAUCAAGCAGCACGACGCCAUCCACCACAACCAGCGUCAUACCAGCAGAGUGCUAGCGACCAUCAGUCGUACCUCAUCCGUCUGCAGCCAAGACAUCCAAACCCGCACACUCGCCAGGCUCCUUAGGCCGCACCUCGACCACAUUCUGGCCGUGAGCACCCCCGAGAGCCUAGGGAACGCAAGUCGUGCGCAUGCGCUGUCUGCCAUCGCUUCGAUCAACACCGCUGCAGGAAACCUUGAAGCUAGUCUUCCGUCCCUUGAGCGUGCGCUUCAAAUAGAAACCCAACACUUCGGCGAAUCAAGUCUGGAGGUCGCAGCGACUUUGACUCGCAUGGCAGAUGUCUACAGCUCCCUAGAGAAUCCUGAAAAGGCGCGCGGGCUGCUCGAGCGAGCAUACAAUAUCUACGACCUUCAGAGGAAGAAAUCCGGCGAGUAUAAGAAGCCGUUGGAAUUUGCGCGCACGAUGGAAGCGCUCGGUGCGGUGUAUGGUAACCUUGGUUUCAAGCAGAGAAGCAGGGAGUACAUCGAGCGUGCAUUGUCAUAUAUGCAGUCCGCGGCGCCGCCAACUCCGGACGAAAUCGAGGGACGGCGGUUCGCGUGCGAGGUGGCCAGCGCCCUCGCUGACCUUGGUCAUGCGUACUUAUCUUGUGGGGAUGCAUUCCAGGGUCGUAAGAUGCUGGACCUAGCGGUGUCCGGACUGAAGAACAUGUAUGGCGAGGAGCACCCCGAGGUGGUGCGGGCGAUGACCGUCCUUGGCAUAGCGCACACGAUGCAGGGCAACUGGCAAGAGGGAAAGAAGAUCAGAAAGGAGGCGGGCAAGCUUCAGGCUAAGCUGGAUGCGGCCGUCUCCCUCUGACAUCUCUCACAGGCUCUAACAUCUCUCUGGACAGACCGUUUUCCUGAUGAUGGGAGUCCUGUGGCUGGGCCGAAAGUGAACAUUCGGCUUGUCGGAUUUGACUCAGCCUUUUACAAAUUUAAGGCUCGUUCUACAUAAAGCUUGAGGCUGUAUAUCAUUGUAGAACAUGGUAUAAAUCUCCUGACAUUUCUCGCUCAUGUCUUCUGAUCUAAUGCCGUGUUCACAUUAGCAGAAAGACAUUACUUCAACGCGUUCUCAUUAACACCGAGACAUGUCUGCAACCGCGUUUACAUUACCACCGAUACAUGUUUACAGCGCGUUUACAUUAACACCUAUACAUGUUUACAGCCUGCCUACAUUAGCAACAAGACAUGUUUAUAGCCCGUUCACAUUAGCACCGAGACAUUUCUACAACGCGUUCACAUUAACACCGACACAUGUUUACAGCGCGUUUACAUUAACACCGAUACAUGUUUACAGCGCGUUUACAUUAACACCGAUACAUGUUUACAGCGCGUUUACAUUAACACCUAUAUAUGUUUACAGCCUGCCUCAUUACCACUGAGACAUGUUUAGAGCCCGUUCACAUUAGCACCGAGACAUGUCUACAACGCGUUCCAUUAACACAGAUACAUGUUUAGCGCGUUUACAUUAGCGCCGAGACAUGUUUACAGCGCGUUUACAUUAACACCGAAACAUGUUUACAGCCUACCUAGAUUACCACUGAGACAUGUUUAGAGCCCGUUCACAUUAGCACCGAGACAUGUUUACAACGCGUUCACAUUAACACAGAUACAUGUUUACAGCGCACCCACCAGCACCUUGACGUGUCAAUUGCACGAGACCCAAAAGUAGUAACAUUUUUUAUGUGUUCUUUUUAUUUCUUUACCAAUCAGCGACGGCAGGUAACAAUUGAAUCAAUUCGUGAAUUUUGAGAUGUACCGUGAGCUCAUGGCGAAGGUAUCACGUUUUGUCGGAUGCGCUUCCAAAUCGAUACUCGUAGAUAAUUCAGGCAUUGGUAGUAUGCAAAUACAGCACAUUAAUCAGUGUACACUCUUUUGGUUCUACUUCUGUAAUAUUUAGCGUGCUGUGGUGCUUUCUGUAAACGCUGUAUCAAGGGCUGAAAUUUGAUGGGACAUCGUCAUCAUGUGGCACAGUUAUCUAUAGUUUUUUUUCUAUGUUGGGACGGAGGCACUUGGGAUAUACAGUAAAUAAAGCAAUACUAUUUUUACCAGAAUCUGUGAAGUGCUGUGCUUGUUUUAUGUCAGUACCGCAUCCCAUAUUGUAUAAGUUGGAUAUUUCCCAGGUAAAGUCGAAUAAAGUUUCCAUGUUCUUG